GUUGACUCAUAGCUGUGCGCCCCGAAAGGCCCCUGGGAUGAGGCAACUGGCUGUGGCUCGGUGUGGGACUGAAUUCCACGUCUCUCCUCUCCCAGCAGUGAGGCAGGAGAGGACGUCCCAUCUGGAAGAACCUGCAGGUGCCAUCCGGUCGCUCUGCCUCACGUCACGGAUCGCCCUCAGUCAGAAAUCUUGACUUGCAACUUCGGAGGGUGGGUCCCUGCAGGAGUCUCAGCGCACGCCGCAGCGAUGAGCAGCGCUGCCCGGUGGUAGCAGGCGCCGGGCUGGAGGCUGGAGCGCGGGCAGGCGGCGGGGCUGCGGAGCCGGGGCCGGGGCCGGGCGCCUUCUGUGGACUGAAGCUCCAGAAAGGGAUGCUGUGAAAAGAAACGUGACACUUUAAUAUAUAUACACACACACGUAUAUAUAUAUAUUUAUACCGUACCUGAGUUCGUUGGAAGUGAGCUAUUAUAUACAUUCAAGAAUGUUUCAGACGUUUAAAGACUGGUUUUGGUUGGAAAGAUUCUGGCUCCCUCCAGCAAUAAAGUGGUCAGACCUCGAGGACCACGAUGGCCUCGUCUUUGUAAAACCCUCUCAUCUGUACAUGACCAUCCCCUAUGCCUUUGGCCUGCUGAUUAUCCGGCAUUUCUUCGAAAAAUUUAUCGCCACACCCCUAGCAAAGGCUGUGGGUAUCAAAGAGGAAGUUCGGAAGAUUAUACCAAACACUGUCUUAGAGACUUUUUACAGACGCUCUACGAGGAAACCAUCUGAGGACGAUGUGUACGGCCUGGCCAAGAAGUGCAGCCUGACUGAGCGCCAGGUGGAAAGGUGGUUUCGGAGCCGGCGGAACCAGGACAGGCCUUGCAGGAUGAAAAAAUUCCAGGAGGCUUGCUGGCGAUUUGCAUUCUACUUGAUGAUCACUGUGGCUGGAAUUGCAUUUCUUUAUGAUAAACCUUGGGUGUAUGACCUCGGGGAGGUGUGGAAUGGCUAUCCCAGACAGCCCUUGCUGCCAUCCCAGUACUGGUACUACAUCCUGGAAAUGAGUUUUUAUUGUUCUCUCUUAUUUAGCCUGGGCUCCGAUGUGAAGAGGAAGGAUUUCCUCGCUCACGUCAUCCACCACCUGGCUGCGCUCAGCCUGAUGAGCUUCUCCUGGUGCGCUAACUACAUCCGCAGCGGGACCCUGGUGAUGAUUGUGCACGACGUGGCCGACAUCUGGCUGGAGUCUGCCAAGAUGUUUUCUUAUGCUGGAUGGAAGCAGACUUGCAAUACCCUGUUCUUCAUCUUCUCCGCCAUAUUCUUCAUCAGCCGCCUCAUUAUCUUCCCCUUCUGGAUCUUAUAUUGCACGCUGGUGAUCCCGAUGCUCUACCUGGAGCCGUUCUUUUCCUACAUCUUCCUCAACCUGCAGCUCAUGGUCCUGCAGGUCCUGCACCUGUACUGGGGCUACUUCAUCCUGAAGAUGCUCAAGAGAUGCAUUUUCACGAAGAACAUCCAGGACGUGAGGAGCGAUGAUGAGGACGAGGAGUACGAAGAAGAGGGAGAGGAGGAGGACCAGGGGAAGGAAGAGGCGGCCAAAGACAAGGAGAGAGACUGUCUGCAGAACGGCCUCGGGCCCGACCGGAGCCUCCUUCCCAACGGUCACCACGGGCGUUAGCGGACGCCCACGCGGGUCCCUCCUGCCACCAGGACCCACAGGGACCCCAGGUCCGCCCUCCCUCCUCCCAGCGCCCCUUCAGAUGUAUUUAAGACGAGCGUUGUCGGGUUGUGUUAAAUGUUCAAUAUACGCGUUCCCGUGGGUGUGCCGCAGGCAGGACCAGGCCGGCCGGGCGCUCCAAGGUUCUCCAGGGGCCGUCCUUGGAGAUGGUGGCACUUCACGUGCCCCCUUUGCCCUGCCCGCCUUGCCCAUCCGAGCGAGGGCAGCAGGGCAGUUCGCCCACUUCCUCCCCUGGGCUGGGCCGCAGAGAGCUCCUUGCCCAGAGCGACUGAGAGGUGAUGGGACAGCGGCUUGUUUGAAACCUCCCAAGCCUGCCGCUUGUCUGUCCAAGGGGAAGAAUACCGUCCCUCCUACCUCACAGGCUCGGAGGAAGGAUCCAACCAGAGAAGGCAACUCGGGGGUUAUUGUCACUGAACCGUCCCCGGAGACCCCCGCCCCCUUUGGGGGAGAACCAGGCUGAGCCGGGCACUGCAUGGGCCUGAAGGCUAGACACUGACUUAAAACGUCCCGCUCAGCCCUUGGGUUCUUCUGGAAAUGCGAACGCCCAGAGGCCCUUUCCAUUCUACCCUGACACUAUUUAUUUGUUAGCUGUCCCAGGGGAGUUUGGAUCCCAUUCCACCUUUUCGCCUUGUACUGGCCUGGCCUCCUUUUCUUCUCAGAGCUACCCAGCAGGCCCUGGGGCCGGUCAGGUUGCUCCCUGAGCCACCAUCCCCGGGAAACCGGAGCCUCUGGGCACCGUAUGCGUGUGAGCUCCUGGCCCAGAGGAAACCUUAGACCCAGCGGGAGGGCGCUACCCAUUCAUCUCCCCUGCCACCAGCCAGACUGCCAAAGAGCAGAGCAGAGCCAGCGGCAGCCUGGCAGACACCCAGCCGUCCAGACAGCUCCCAGGCCACCUGCGUCUCUGGGAGGAUGGAGGGGCUGGGGCUUCGGGGCUCAGUCCCCGCGGGGGGGCACGUCUCCUGAGCCCAGCAUGCAGGGCAGGCCCCGGGCGCCUUAGGCGUCUGCUGGCCGAGGAGAGACCACUCCCAGCAGAAAGAAAAGCGGGCACCACGUGCACCCCUCCCCACCCCCUCUCUCUCAGACGCUUUGGUCACACUGUGCACCUUCGUCUCAUUUCACUCAGGGCCCGUAUUUAAGCCAAGGGACAGCUAGGACCGUGGGCACCGUUCACGCGUCCACACAGGCCCCGCCGGCUGGGCUGCGGCCCCGGAGCAGGACGGCUCUGUGCUCAGGACAGGUACCUGACCUUGUGUUUUACUUCACAGAUGUUGGUGUCUUUUUUGUUGUUGUUGUCUUUUUAUUUUUUAUUUUUUAAUUUUAGUUCUUUUUAACUAAAGAGAUAUUUUUAAAACCUUCCGGUUAAACCGAAACCCACACCGUUCUGAAUUCUUCCCCCAGUGCAGCCUCCUUUUGAGAACGCACUAGGACGGUGGGAAAGCAGGUGGCACGUGUCCUCUGCGCAGCCCUGCCGGCCCCUGCGAGUCCAGUGCGCUGUCCCCAUAACGUUAUGCUAGAGCCCAGCGUGCCCGCGCUCCUCAGGGCACCGCCGUGGGACUGUUAUUGCCGUUACCUUGUUGCUGUUCUGGUGGCAGGAGAGCGUUUUCCAGUGUUUUCAGUUGGCAGAGUGUCUGUUCUUUGACUCACUGCGGUGUUGUCUCUGUACCCAGUAUCUUCUCGCUUACGGUAAAGAAUUGCCUAUUGGC